AUGACGGCAGAGGCCCCCGGCAAGCGGCCUCGCUCAGAUUCCGGAGAGUUUCCGCCGAUUGCAUCCAAAGUGCCCAAGACUCACUCAAAUCACCUCCAAAUCAACUACCUUGCGCGCCAAUAUGCCGAUAACCUUCCUCUGGUCUCGCUGGACGACACAAUGCCUGCCAUAAUCCAUUUGAUUGGCGAAUACGAUGGCGUCUUGCAUCGCCAUGAAAGCAUUGCUGGAAACCUAGGCGCGUGUCCUCUGGGCCCGAUCUUGAUAAAGCGCUUUGAACGCCUUUUUGACGGCCCGCCGCGGGUUCUCAAGUCACAUGGCAAGGACACCACCAACGUCACCUGGUUAGAUGUGGUGGAGUUUGCGAAGAACAAGCCUGAACAGUUCAACCUGGAAAAGUCGCGCAACGGCGUGCGAGUAUGCCAGUUCUACACAAAACAAAGUCGCGUGGAAAUUAGCGAGGAGGACUUUGUGUUGAUCAAGUCGGGGAUGCCUCAGAAGAUGAUUCCCCCUCAGCCUAUCAUUGAAGAUGAAGAGAAGGAACUCGGCGCACUUGAGAUACUAGAGAAAAACCUCCAGUCGAUCAUACAAAUUGCAGAUCAAGUUUCUGCCCGUGCACGACAACUCAACCAUCGUCUAAAGAAUCGUCGGACCGCGAUCGUCACCCGGCGCGAAAACGAUGUGACUCUCCAUAAUUCUCGGCCACCGCAGCCUCUACCGCAAGCACAACAUCUACCUCAGCAACGUUCCAUGAGCCCUGCCUGGGGCGACGCCAACGGUAUUCCCCAUAACUCGUUGAACGGCAACGGCAACGGAACUGGUAACGGCGCCUCUAACGCUCAUUCUCCAUCCGCCGGUUUUGUCGCGGUCAACACCUCUCGAGCCGGGAUGGAAGUACCUCCGGAGGAGAACUCAUUGUCGUCGCAAUUUUUGUUCUCCCAUUCUAAUACGGACAAUGUCACCAUUAUAAACGGGACAUCGAUCAAAGGUGCUUCUCCGACCACACGUGCCGAGCUGAUGAAGAAGUUCUUUACUACUCAAGAUCGUCAGGUACGAGGAGCCUAUGAAGAGGCUGCUGGGUCGAGCAAUCGCGGUUCAUCCCGCCCUAGACCCAGGGUGUCAGAAGGCGGCGAUUACAACAUGUUUGCACCCUCACCUGCCACCGUCGCCAUCCCGAAUACCCCCACCUCGUUACUUCCGCCCCCAAAAUCACAUCAUCAUGAGAAGGACGAUGGCGGUCCGUUUAAAAUCGAGAUGGUGGCGCGCAUGGAGGAGCUGCAACGAGGUGAACGUAUUAUGCCGCCUUGCGAUCGAUGCCGCCGUCUUCAUAUGGACUGCUUGAAGAACCUUACUGCGUGUAUGGGUUGCACCAAAAAGCACGCCAAAUGCUCGUGGAGAGACGUGAAGGAGGAUGAGCUGCGGGAGGCCCGGCGCGCCGACCGAGCGCCUUUGGAUGAGUCGCACUCAAAGGACACUUCGGCCAGCCCGCCUACUGCUCCGGCUUCGGAAGGAGCGCCUCCAUCUACCGCCCUUCCGACGCCGACGUCAGCGCCUGCGCCGCUACCAGCUCCAUUACCGGCCCCACUCCAGCCACCAGUCGCUGCAAUACCAGAGCCGGAAAGACCGCGGGAGGUCCCGAUGGAUCUCAUCGUGCGUAGGGAAUCCGCGCCGAUUGCUGCCCCUGUUGUUCGGCCGCCGGCCGUGAGGGAGGUGUCUCCGCGACGAGCUGUGAGCGAAAUGCACCAUAACCACGGUCUGUCGUACAGACAUGACCGGCAUGUCCACAACGACAGGCGGUUCAGUAUCAACCGGAACAACGAGCCAAGUCGGGAUGACGAUGCUCCGGAUGCGCUGAGCCAAGCCAUCAUGGACACAUAUAAGGCCGCGGCGGCGAAAGGCACUGUACAUGAAGUAAGUAACGAGCGCGAGCGCGAGCGCGACAGGGAGCGGGAUCAGGAGCGAGAUCGGAAUAUGAUCAGAGCAUGA